CUGGCAGCGCACUGUGGGUGGGGGAAGUAAAGGGCGGGCGGUCGAGGCCCUCCCGCGCUCCCGCACCCCGAAAUGGCUCGUAGGCAGGACGAGCAAAGAGGGGGCGCGCCCUUGAUGGCGGAAGGCAAGUCGGACGCGGAGGUUAAGCUCAUUCUGUACCACUGGACGCAUUCCUUCAGCUCUCAAAAGGUGCGCUUGGUAAUUGCUGAAAAGGCAUUGAAGUGCGAGGAACAUGAUGUAAGUCUGCCCCUGAGUGAGCACAAUGAGCCUUGGUUUAUGCGUUUGAACUCAACUGGAGAAGUGCCUGUCCUUAUCCACGGGGAAAACAUUAUUUGUGAGGCCACUCAGAUCAUUGAUUAUCUUGAACAGACUUUCCUGGAUGAAAAAACACCCAGGUUAAUGCCUGAUAAAGGGAGCAUGUAUUACCCACGGGUACAGCACUAUCGAGAACUGCUUGACUCCUUGCCUAUGGAUGCUUAUACACACGGCUGCAUCUUACAUCCUGAGCUAACAGUGGACUCCAUGAUCCCGGCUUAUGCAACAACAAGGAUUCGCAGCCAAAUUGGUAACACAGAGUCUGAACUGAAAAAACUUGCCGAAGAAAACCCAGAUUUACAAGAGGCGUACAUUGCAAAACAGAAGCGACUUAAAUCAAAGCUCCUUGACCAUGACAAUGUCAAGUAUUUGAAGAAAAUUCUCGAUGAAUUGGAGAAAGUCUUGGAUCAGGUUGAAACUGAGUUGCAAAGAAGAAAUGAAGAAACCCCAGAAGAGGGCCGCCAGCCUUGGCUCUGCGGAGAACCCUUCACGCUGGCGGAUGUCUCGCUUGCUGUCACCUUGCAUCGACUGAAGUUCCUGGGCUUUGCGAGAAGAAACUGGGGAAAUGGAAAGCGACCAAACUUGGAAACCUAUUAUGAGCGUGUCUUGAAGAGGAAAACAUUUAACAAGGUUUUAGGACAUGUCAACAACAUAUUAAUCUCUGCCGUGCUGCCAACCGCAUUCCGGGUGGCCAAGAAAAGGGCCCCCAAAGUUCUUGGCACUACGCUUGUGGUUGGUUUGUUUGCAGGAAUGGGAUAUUUUGCCUUUAUGCUUUUCAGAAAGAGACUUGGCAACAUGAUAUUAGCCCUUAGACCCAGACCAAAUUAUUUCUAGGCUUGUGGGCAUCUGGUGGGGACAAUGCUUCCAGCCAUUCAAGUUAGACCUUUCUCUGCUCUUCCAGGCCCUGGGAAGACUGCCCCGGGCAACCAGUAAAAUGCAUAAUUUACUUUACUCUGUGGCCAGUUUAUGUGGGGAGAGGCAGCAAUGAAGAUGUUUUUAUGGGCGGGUCACUUGGAGAUGACUGGCUUGCAAACUGGAACAAAUGCAUCCUUAAAACAUGGGCAGGGCCAAGAUAUGUGAAUGCUGGCAGGUAGAGAAGAGACCUUUCAUUCAAAAUGCCAGUUCAAGUUCUAGAUGAUUUGGGGGAGAAGAUUAUUAUGAUGAAGAGAUAGUAACAAGAGCCUAUGAUUGCCCGGAGCUCUUCAUCUGAGACUAUCUGUAUGUGCUGAGUAUGGACUAGUCAGCAGGAUUUUCUCCUAGAAUUCAGAAGUCAUCUUUGUUACACAACAUAGGGGUUCAGACAGCAGCAGGGCACAGCCAUGCUUCCUACUGCAUUAGCUCCUGGCAGAAAUAAGGGAGGCAGAGGGACAGUGCAGGGGGAAGAAGGGAGAAGGAAGUCUGUAUAAUGAUGGAUAAUAGAAAGCGACCUCCAGGUGCCUCCAGUGCCACUCACUCACAGCUGCCUGUCCCCUUACUGAACAUUUUACCUUUGACUGCUUGUGGCCACAGCCCAUGCCUCCUCCUGUAAUUGAGGACCAUGGGAAACCAGGACUAAGGGGUCCCUGGGUGGGGGGGGGUGGGGGGCUGGAGAAAACCCCAGGCUUUUCACUUACAGCACCUCAUCUGACCUUAGUGUUAAUUUUAAAUGCACAUAAAUCACAGUCAUUAGUUUAAUAAGAUUAACUCCUUAUAGACUUGGGCCUGAGAGGCUCACUGGAAUAUGUCUGAUUAGCACUUACAUGAACAUCUUAAGUGAUAUUACAGUGGUUGCUCUUCCUCAUGAUUCCCCAGAGAUGCCUGGGGGAAUCUCACUCCCGUGGACCUCUAUGAGCAGUCCCUGGGUAUCUUGGCCUCCACAGCCCUUUUGUGCACACAGGUGGCCUUUAGGUGAAUGUCCCAGGUAAUCGCUAGCAUGGCAUGUGGCUGGGUGGGGGUAUUUUGAUGAUUUGUGAGUAAUUAAAUAGGCUCCUUUGCACUUGGGGCGUCUGAUGUGUAAACACAGAAACUUUGUCUAGGACUUGCAUCUAUUUAUUGUCAUCAGGAAAGCCCUAGGAGGUUACAAAGAAAGAGAAAGUCUAGUCUUGGUCCUUGGCAGUUUAUAUAGGGGAGAUGAAAUAAGCCAAGAGAAAGUGAUUUCACCUACAUCCAUUCAUGUAUGUCUAGGCAUUGGCGGAGCUGGGGGGGGGGGCAUACCUCAGUCCACAUGCAAGGGACCAUCCCAGUGUCUCCCAUCAACAACCGUGGAACUGCCCGACACAGUUUGUGCCCAGGAGAUAUCUUUCCUGGUGACAGGAGGAGUGUGGAGUGUCUGCGGAGUAAGCUAGAAAGGCCUGGGGAGCAGUGUUAGGUCUGACGGGUGGUGUGUGUCGGAAAUGAUGAGCUAAGGUUCCAGUGAAGAGCCGAGGCUUGCUUUGACUGUCUCAGUUUGGCUGUGCAAAAUGGCCCAAGAAUGUAUCGACUCCUUACUAAUAGGAAACGUUCAUACCUACUAAACAGUGAUUUUUUUUUUUCUGAUGGUAAAAUGAUUCUGUAAUUCAUGAGUAAGUUGUUUUAGAUGAACUGGAUAUUCCCUGUUUACAGAAAAUAAAUAACAUCUCCAGUGUAAACUCAACCUAACAAUAAUGAACAGACUGGCAGCUUUUAUAAUGUCUUAAUUUUGCACCUCAGUGCAUUGUUGUAUAGGAUGCAGUGUCUGAAUUUGUUUCUUGCUGGGACAUUCCAGUCCAUGUAUUCAUAAAAGAGCUACAAACCUGAUUAUGCAGUAGUUCAAGUGUUUCAGAAUUCUUUAUGUCAUCCUGUUAUAAGCAAGAACUUGGGCAUGAAGAAAUUGAAAUUUGAUUAUUAUAAAAAGCUACAAAGGAUAAUUACCUAUGUAAGGGUUAGUGAUUAAGAAUAAAGAUUUGAAAAAUAGUGCUGGCUUUUCCUUAAAUUUAUUUUAUUAUCGAAUCUAGAGAAAAUUUUCUAGAAGUGUUUAUGAUUUUCAGCUAGUUUCAUUGGAAAUAGGCUUAAAAAAUUAAAGGUGUUUGUUUAGGGGUAUAAUGGCCACUAGAUGUCGCUGUUCACACAGGAGUCUGAGAUCGGGCAGGCUUUAGGUUCAGCAAGACUUCUGAGAUCUUAAGUGAAGAUAAACAUUAAUGACCUUAGUUUCUGAAAUGAGGGCAUCUUCAUCAGAUUAUUCAUCUGUAACAGAGCUUGAGGCAUGUGUAGUAUUGAUUUAUAAUGCUUGGAAGGUAUAACUGUACCACACAAUGUCAAGCUAAAGAGCUGAAUACAUACUAUUAGUAAAAUAAGCACUUUUAUGUCUUUUCUUUUUCGUGAUCAUUGGUGGACUGACCAAUGUGCUCCUCCAUUUCCAAAAUUUGUAUAAAGAUCCUAGUUAGAAAAAUCCCCGAGGUACUGAAUUUAUGUUGGCUAUUUAUGUCUUAAUACAAAUACCGUUUUAUUGUUAUUGCUGUUAUAUGCCUUUUCGAUCCAGUUUCCUUAACUGCAGAUUGUUGUAAAUUGCUUGCUCAAUUUUUAGUAAUUAUCGAUACUGACACCUGAGUUGUAGAUUUUUUGGUGUUGUUGAAUGUAAUAAAGAGAUCAAGCCACCA